UCCCCUCCGUCUGGCCGCCCCACCUCCAGCUUCAGCCUCUGGAAACAGCAGAUCUGAGCAGUGGUGGACACACUGACCAACCUCUCCUAGUCGCCAUGGACCCUGAAGGCCUGCAGCUCCUGCUGCCCCCUAUGACCCUGGCAGCCCUGGCCAACAGCUGGCUGCAGGAAGACUGCCCGAGCCUCAACUUCGCAGCCCUGGUCACCCAGGCAGCACCGGCGCAGGCAGCGCUGUGGGCCAAAUCCCCCGGAGUCCUGGCUGGGCGGCCUUUCUUCGAUGCCAUCUUUGCCCAACUCAGCUGUCAGGUGUCCUGGUUCCUCCCGGAGGGAUCGAAGUUGGCCCCUGUGGUCAAGGUGGCAGAGGUCCGGGGACCUGUCCAGUACCUGCUGCUGGGGGAGCGUGUGGCCCUUAACACCCUGGCCCGCUGCAGCGGAAUUGCCAGCGCAGCAGCCGCAGCUGUGGGGGUCGCCAGAGGCACCGGCUGGACUGGGCACGUGGCGGGAACGAGGAAGACCACACCUGGCUUCCGUCUGGUGGAGAAAUAUGGGCUUCUAGUAGGUGGGGCGGCCUCCCACCGCUAUGACCUGGGAGGCCUGGUGAUGGUGAAGGACAACCACGUGGUGGCAGCGGGCGGUGUGGAAACGGCAGUGCAGAGGGCCCGACAGGCGGCUGACUUCGCCCUGAAGGUAGAGGUGGAAUGUAGCACCCUGCAGGAGGCCUUGCGGGCAGCCGAGGCUGGAGCAGAUCUGGUCCUACUGGACAACUUCAAGCCUGAGGAGCUACACCCCACAGCUGCAGCACUGAAAGCCAGGUUCCCCAGCCUUGCUGUGGAAGCAAGUGGGGGUAUCACACUGAGCAACCUCCCCCGGUUCUGUGGAACCCACAUUGACAUCAUCUCCUUGGGGAUGCUGACCCAGGCUGCCCCAGCCCUUGAUUUCUCCCUCAAGCUGUUUGCUGAAGGGACCACUCCAGUGCCCCAUGCCCGCAGGUCCUAAACAAAAGGGGCCACCACAUGGAUUACUGUGACUUGCUGGAAACUUCAGGUCCCACAUUUUUAGAUUCAGAGACCAACAGGACACAUCUGACAUUAGCCUGGACUGUCCACUAGUUCUGCCACCUUCUGCUUGUGUGAUCUGGCAGGACUGACUUUAAUAUUGUUACCUCAGUUUCUUCAUCUAAAAUGGGUCUAAUAAAUGUCCAACUUUAUUGA